UAUCAGUUAACUGGCAAUAGGCUAAGAGUGAAUUGUGGCAUAUUCUGGGGUGCUGUGUGGGCUAUUUUAAAGAUGACCGACAAUAAAUCUUGUUUGUGUCGUCGCAUAUUUCAUCCAAUAGCCAAGGAGUUUCAAAAAGAGAAAUUCAGUUUAAAUCAUAAGCCGGCAGAUGAUUUUCUCAAGUCCCAGUGGCAAACCUCCCAAAAAUCCUAUUUAUGGCCGUUAUACAGGUGGGGUCUAGCGUUGUGUUUUAGUGUUGGUGUAUUGGGUAGUUUAAUACAGCAAUGGGCCGAUGGUAAAUGGUUUAUUUAUCUGACCGAUUGGGGUUUUUUGCUGUGUAUGUAUAUCAGUUGGUUCAGUGCUAUAUUGGUGACCAUAUAUCAUUUUCAUCCCAGGUAUUUUGAUAAUCGAACUAAGGUUUUGAAAUUUUAUUGGUGUUCCCAUUGGUGUGUUUUGGUUGUGGCAACGGUAAUCACAUUUAUGUAUUGGUUGUUUAUUUAUCCCACGGACAAUGCCAAUGCCUCGGAUUUGUAUAAUUUAUGGGCCCAUGGUUUUAAUUCAAUAUUGAUGGUCUUGGAUCACAUGCUGGUUGCAUUCCCCACCCGCCUAAUGCAUUUUGUAUAUCCUCUGAUAUUGGGUUUAAUUUAUGCCAUAUUUUCAUUGAUUUAUUACUUCGCGGGAGGCGUGGAUCCAAGCGGAAAUCCUUAUAUCUAUGAAAUCCUGGAUUGGAGUAGCCCUGGCUGGGCCACAGCAAUUACUUUCGGAUGUAUUCUCUUAGUUAUAAUCUUUAGUUUUCUAUUAUUUUGUUUAUAUAAAUUACGGCGUUGGAUUUAUAACAAAUGUAUUAACUCGAAAGUAACAAUAAUUAACGCCUAG